GAACCCAAGUGCAAAGGAGCCGGCGGGGGGCCGAGUGGCCGGGAGGGAAGACGACCAUCAGGGAGAGGGCGGGGCUGAGCGACCACCGUCAGCCGGGAUCUGCGCGCUCGGGCCGGCGGCGCCCCGGGGUGGCGGGCGCUGAAGUGCGGGGCUGGGCCGGCCGGGGGUCGCCGGAGCCGCAGCGCGUCCCCCGCACCGGGCCCUCCCCUCUUAGCGCCGCCGCGGCCGCCGAGCCCCGGAAGCGGGCGGGGAUUUCCUGUGCCCGCCCCACCCGCGCUCGCCGGGCCGCCGUCUCCGCCUGUCGCUGGCUCCGCGGACGCCGGCUCCGACGAGGCGAGGACGGAGGGGAGGGGCAGGCGGCGCCCGGGACGGAGACACCGGGCUGCAGGCCAAACCGACCCGGGUCACAAUUUGAGUUUGCAGCAAAAAUGCUUUCAGAACAGACAGCAGCCCUGGGGACAGGAUGGGAGUCGAUGAAUGUCCAGCUGGAUAGAGCAGAGCCCCAGGUGGAAAGGGGAAGCCAGGAAGAGGUGCCAUGGAGAACAGCUCCAGGGCCAUUGGAGCACCUAUGCUGUGACCUUGAAGAGGAGCCACAGUCCCUUCAGGAGAAGGCUCAGUCCACUCCCUGGGUUCCUGCCAUUCCCCAGGAAGGGAGCACUGGAGAUUGGGAGAUGGCAGCUGCACUUCUUGCGGCGGGAUCACAGGGCCUGGUAACCAUCAAGGAUGUGUCCCUGUGCUUCUCUCAGGAAGAGUGGAGGAGCCUGGACCCUUCUCAAACAGACUUCUAUGGAGAAUAUGUCAUGCAGGAAAACUGUGGGAUAGUGGUCUCUCUGAGAUUUCCAAUUCCCAAACUGGAUAUGCUUUCUCAACUAGAAGGAGGAGAAGAACAAUGGGUCCCUGACCCCCCAGACUUAGAAGAGAGGGAUAUUCUGAAGGUCACAUACACAGGAGAUGGAAGUGAGCAUGAGGGGGAUACCCCUGAACUAGAAGCAGAGCCUCCCAGAAUGUUAUCUAGUGUGUCUGAAGAUACUGUUCUCUGGAACCCAGAGCAGGAUGCGAACUGGGAUUCCAUGCCCAGAAGCUCCAGAGGCAUGCUCCUAGGCCCACCUUUUCUUCAGGAAGAUAGCUUCUCAAACCUUCUAUGUAGCACAGAAAUGGAUUCCCUGUUAAGACCACACACGUGCCCCCAGUGUGGUAAACAGUUUGUGUGGGGCUCCCACCUGGCCAGGCACCAGCAGACACACACCGGGGAGAGGCCCUACAGCUGCCUCAAGUGUGAGAAGAGCUUUGGGAGAAGACAUCACCUGAUCCGACACCAGAAAACCCACCUACAUGACAAGCCCAGCAGGUGCCCUGAGUGUGGCAAGAAUUUCCGAUGCAACUCCCAUCUAGCCAGCCACCAGAGAGUGCACGCAGAUGGCAAAUCCUGCAAGGGCCAAGAGGUUGGAGAGAGCCCUGGGGCUAGGAAGCGGCAGCGCGCACCACCUGUGCCAAAGUGCCACGUGUGCACUGAGUGUGGGAAGAGCUUUGGCCGACGGCACCACCUGGUGAGACACUGGCUGACACACACCGGAGAGAAGCCCUUCCAGUGCCCACGCUGUGAGAAGAGCUUCGGCCGUAAACAUCACCUGGACAGGCACCUGCUGACCCACCAGGGACAGAGUCCCCGGAGCAGCUGGGACAGAGGGACAUCUGUCUUUUGAAAUCUGUUUCUGCUGCAGCUGUGGUCACAUCUGUCAGCCGGUGCUAUCUGGAGUCUCUGCCAGAGCUGCCCCUCUCCUGCACCCCCAUGGUCAGAAUCAUGAGUCCUGGCCCCAUCCCUAGAGAGAUGCAGUUCCAGCAUUAGCCAGAGCCUUUCUCCCCAGUUCUGUGAGAUGCCACAUAAAGUAGAGUUCUUUGGGCAAAACUCUUGGGAAAUGCUGCUUACUGGGUGGGCUGAUAUUCAGCCUGAUCCCGUUCUCCAGGGUACAGUGAGUGGUACCAGCAGUUUGUGGCUAAGGCCCAUUCUGAUUGGUUGAAGCCUGUGCCAUACCAGUUGUUAAAUAUUUUGAGUAUCAUGCUUCUAUAACGUAAAUAUUCUGUCUAUAUAUAUAGAGAGAGAGAAAACACAUACUAGCUUAUUAAAGGCUCGAAAAUUUAUGCAUUAGAGCAAAUGGUUAAGCCUUUCUUACUGCAGUGCUUCCUAAAUUUAUUUGACCUCAGUAUCCUUUUUGUCUCGCAUCUCACAGAACUGGUGACUCCUUGAACCACACUGGUGAACACUGGGUUACAGAGUAAUAAGGAAACAGAGUGAUCAGGCACCCAGAGCCCCCUUUUUUAUCCAAAUGAAAGUCUAGGGGCAGACCUCAUUCCUGUGUGGGCCUAUCACCCCUACUCCAAUCAUCUGAAUAUACAUCCACACCUCUCACCCCACCUGCUGAAAAACAAACAGUAACCUUCUCACCCCCUGUUCCUGCUCCCUUCACCCUGCAUAUACAUAUAUCUAGCUGAGAGAUCGCGCUACAGUGUUAAGAGAUGGACCUUAUACCCCCGGGUAACCCAGGCCUACACAGAA